CGUGACAUCAGAGUGAGAGGGUGAUCAGCUGACAAGUCUAAGUCUACCGAGUCUAGCAGCAGUCCUUGUUUAUAAAUCGCGUCACAAACUGCGAUCGUGUCAUAGCAGCAGGUGCUGGCUGUGUGUGUGCACUCCGUCCCCCAGUGCAGACGACGAGUCAACUAGUGUUUAACAUUAAACUAGCAAAGCCUACUUCUAGAUAUUUACCUGCUGCAUUCCAGCUUAUUUGUUUACUUUGCACAAGCAUAAUUAUUAUUAUUAUUAUUAUUAUUACUACACCAAAUGAAAAACAAAAUAAUUAGCAAACCGGUGACCGUAUCUAAUUGUUUUUCAUGAUUAUCAUCAAGUUUUUUGUUCUUUGUAACUUAAUAAUUCACGUUCCUAAUGUUCCUAAUGUUUUUCAUCACAUAAAUUAACAUGCAUUUACCUGCAUGUGCACGCAUGCAUAUAUAAACAUACAUAUAUCUAAAAAAAAAUUCAUAUUCAUAUAUAAACAUACAUAUACAUAUAUAAAUAGCAACAUUAGCUAUCCAGAGACUAUCUUCGUCAUCGUUAUUAUUAUUAUUAAUGUUGUAGUUUGCAUUGUCAGUGUUACCUUUAAAGCAUGCGUUUGAAACUCCACAAGUUAGUACUGAUUAACCCCUUUUACAUGAAGUUAUCUCCGAACAAGAAGCUUGCUUUUCGUCCUCUCAUCUCCAAUAACGCUGCCUCGUGACAACAUUGAUCGAAUGCUAAACUGAUUCAGACUGGAUUGAAUAAUAUGAUAUAAUAUGAAUAUUACAUCAAUAAUGCACAGGAUAUUACUUUGAAGAAAUUAUUGUGAGCAUUCGGAUUGUGUGGUUGAAAAAAGGAUGACUUUAGAAACCAAUGAAAUUAAUAUGGUUCACCAACUUGCUGAGGUGGUGCAUUACCAAAGUAACAAAAUUUUCCGAGGAGAGGGCCGACUUAACCUUUCUACACACACAUUAGUCUUUCUUAAUCAAGCAACACAGGAAGGUUUCCUCUCCAGCUAUCAUAAAGAACAUGAUCUUACAACUGAAAAACAGCAGGAACUGGAUAAAUUAAAAAGUGACAUCCAUUUUGUAACUGAUGUACUGGUGGACACAACUGCUCUAAAGUUGUACCACCAGUUACAUACAAUACAAGGACCACUUGAAAUUGGCAUGUUCCAGGCAUUAACUGAACUAAAUAUUAACCGUGUUCCUAUUCAUCUUAUACAAGGGAUUGCAAAGCUUAGGUCAACAUUGAAACAGAUUACAAUCAGUCGAAGUUUGCAGACCUUAGAGUCUCUUUUUGAAAUGUGUGGGGGCGAUAGAAGUGGGCCUUCAAAUUGGAAUCAUCUAAUUUAUGCUGAUCUUAGUCAGAACAGUAUUCAGAAGCUGGAUUCAUCUUUGAGGUUACUGCCAGCACUGAAGUAUCUGGAUUUGAGCCACAACAAUAUUCAAAACCCUGAGAGACAUUUAGAGAAUCUGUUGUAUGUUGAACAAUUAAACUUAGCUUUCAACCAUCUGACGACACUUCCACCACUGUCUACUCAUACAAAGUCCUCAAUCAAAACUCUUAUUCUUAGAAACAAUAAUUUAACAGAUCUGAAUGGUGUUGAAGAGUUGGGUUAUUUAACGGAAUUUGAUGCUUCUGGUAACUUUCUUUCUGACCAUUCUUGCCUUGCUGUUAUAUCAGGGAUGCAUCGGCUAAAAAGGUUGUCAUUGUUUGAUAACCCUAUGACAUAUAGGUCAGAUCACAGAUCAAAGUCGGUUGGCCACAUAUCACCUUUAGUCAAUGGAGAUGGGAUUGUUUUAGAUGGUAAAAAUCUGAAUGUAACAGAACUGAAGACAGUAAAAAGGAACAAAAUUACCAAAACAGCUUCAUUUUACUUCCGACCUCACCUGGAAACUCCCUUGACUGAAAUUGAACCUAAUAAGAUGGAGCUAGAAGAGAAAAAUGAUGAAAACCUUGUUGAACGUAUAAAGUGCCGAAAAAUCCCUGUAAAGAGACCCAAACGAAAACGUAAUUGUGCUAAUGGUGAUAAUUUAUCAACAUACAGCAUGGGAUCAAGAGUCAAUUCUCCACAUGGUUCCAUCUCCUCUGUCAGUAUUCCUGAUAUAAAACAGCUGCGUGAAUUUCAUGGGGAUGAGUGGCUGCUAUACUAUGAAAACAUACGGCAAGAUAGAGAAUGUAUUAUGACACACUCAGCCCCUGCAUCUCGCAAAGUCUCUCCCCAACUGAAAGAACUGCCAAAACCAUUGCCAAAACUUGAAUACAAUUCUGAUACUUCUAUUGACGAAGGACCUUAUCUUGGUCAUAUGUCUUCCGAGGAAAAAUUGUUUGUGGACUCUGAUACAGAACAGUCAGAUGAAGUUUCUAUCAUCACUCCUCCAAGUGAAGAGAAUGACAAUGUUAAAGAAUAUCCUGAUAGUGAUGAGUUCAAAGACGAUGUUGUAGAUUUCAAAAACGAAAGCCAUUUUGGUAUGGAGGCAGAACCAUGGAUUGUGAAGCUGAGUUCUAAUGAAAAUAGUGAAAUCUUUGUGUCAGCAAAUGAACGUUUUCUUAUUGAGAAAGAUAUGUAUGGCCAACUGCUUGAUCGUCUGGACAUGAAGUGUUUGCUAUUUAUGUCUGUUUUGAUGAGAGGUAGUGAAUAUGUAGUUGAACUGAAAUUUGACUAUGUUAAAUCAAACCGCAGGGAACGAACUUAUAUCAUGGCCAGCAAAGAAGAAUCAGAGGAGCUUGGUCGUCUUUUACAACCUUAUUUGGAGGCUCAAGCUGCAAAAGCCAAUGUCAAGGAAUUUUUACAUUUUUUGUGUCUGAAAUGCUCACAUGAAUUUUCAAAAGAAAUCGGUUCAUCAAGACGAGAAGCUGAAUCAGUAGAUGAAUGUCAGAAAUGUGGAAGUAAAAAUGUGGUUCAACAGGAAUCUCCAUCGUCAGUAAUGCCCAGCAAUAACACACCACAAGAAUCCUUUUCCUCAACUGUGAAACAGUCAUUUUUAGGUUUAUUUUCCAAAGAUAAAUCUCCAUCUUCUGGUUCUUCCACCCCAGUGAACAGAGAUUCACCCGUCUUCAAACGCAAGUUUGGCAUGAGGAAACGAUCUUAUUCAAAAUCUACGAGGAAUUCAUUUUAUAUUGGAGAUUCAGAUGUAUCACAAUCUUCUGAAAGCUUAAGUAGUUUUCAGAAUAAAGACGAGAUUUUAGACAAAGCACGACCAGCAAGUUUUCAUCUUGAAGAUUCUGAAAAAUGGUUGGAAGGACAUAUGCGAUCUCGCUCUUUCCAGAAAGAGAACUCUAAGAAAAAUGCAGAUUAUCUUACUAACAAAAGAAUUAAUGACAAUUCUACAUUGGUACAGGUUAGAGAAAAGCUAAAAGAGCACAGUUCCUCACCUGCUAUUUGUGUACAGCAAAGAAUUCAUGACAACAGUUCAAGUUUAAGUGCUACACCUCCAGACUCUUUUCUUACGAGUAAUGUUUGUCACAGUAUGAUAUCAAGUGUUUACAAGCAGACGCUUCCAUCUGUCACUACUGCAGAUGGGAAUAAUUUGCGGAUCUAUGUUGAAGAUGUUGAUGCUCAGAACAUGCAAGUGGAAACUGAAGAUGAAAACAGUUCUAGAACUGACCGUGAGAGUUCCAUCCAGUCUAUUGAAGAAUUGGAAUCGGGGAGUCGGCCAGCUCAUGAUCCUCAAGCUGAAAUCAUCUCAUUGUCAGACUCCACAGACACCAACUCAGACAUCACUGCUCUUAGUGAACCUGUAGAUUCUGACAUUAGAAAAGAAAAUAGUGACACUCCGUGCACUUGUCUGGAUCACCAGAUUCAAUUGUUUCUUGUUAUGAAACAUUUACAACAUGCUGAACGGAUUAGUUCAAGUAUCCAGUGUCAAAUUGUCCAGCACAUCAUUGGAGAAUAUCGAGGUUUACUAGUUUUGUCCACUAUGAAUAUUUUUAUUUUUCGGCUUCAUGGACCUAAUCCUAGUGAGAAUCCAGAAAAGUUUGUUAAGCUACAUUCCAAACAUCCAAUCACAGAUGUGAAGUACUUAGACAUUGGUUUGGGCCACCAAAGUUUACGGUUUGAAUUCGAUGAAGAUUGUGCUAGCUAUUCCUUUCUUAUUAGAGAUGAAUAUAUCUGCCGGAAUUUCAUUAAUGUUCUUCUCGAUUUAACAAAACGACUCAGCAAUAUGGGCCAUAUGAAGCCUGUACAGGUUUGCUUGUACCAUCAUGAAACCACUAAGAAUCUAAGUCGCCUGCUCAAGAAAAAUGAUGAUAGUGAAAACAAAGGUGUUGAUGUGGAUCAUCCCGAGAAAAGUAUUUCAGUUUAUGUCUUAACAACACAACUAAAAGAUGAGAAAGGUGAACAGAAGUUACCAGUUUCAGUAGCCCUCAUUGGACCUUUGUUAUACCUUAUAGUAGAAGAUCACCAAUGGCCGAUGCCUCGAUUGCAACCAAGAAUGCCGCCUGAAAGUAUCCUUCCACAAUUUGUUAUUCAUGAUAAGCAGAUCAUUCUUGAUAUCACCAGUUUGAAACUCUGGAAGAAUAAUGAUAAACGGCUUCGGUUGAAUUUCCUAAAUGAGAUCUCAGGUUGUGAGUUCCAUUGGGACUUUUUGUUUGAAACAAAUCGAGGUGUUAACCAGCUUAUGCAGGCUGUACGUGCUCCCUGGGAAUCAGAAUUUGGAGUGAAUCUUGAAAUCAAUGUGCUGUGAGGAAUUUGAAGAUAUUACUCAAGUUUCAUAUUAAUUUUCCUGGCUCUGUUCAGUGUGAACCAUGGUCUUUCAAAUCAUUUUCAUGAAGAAUCUAUUUUUGUAAAUCAACUGUAAACACCAUCAAUAUCCAAUGUAAUAUGCCAGUGUGCUUGUAAAUACCUUCUAUACAAUAUGAAAAGAGUAAAACGAAAGAAAAAAACAAAAAAUGAAAAUUACACACAAUAUAGAUAUUUAAUGCAUGCAUCCAACUGUCUGUGUACAUAAUGCAUAAAUGUAUGAUUAUAUAUGUAUAAAAUACAUUACAUAUAUUUACAUGAAAUUUAUAUAUAACACAUUAAAUAUAUGUAUGUAUAUAUCUGUUUAUUUGUUGUUAAUAACAUUAGUAGUUAAAUAUUGCUGUCAAAAUCAAAAUUAAAAAUAUGGUAUUGUUCUCCACAUUUUAAAUGCAUAUUGCAGGAAAAUCCCUGCUGGCAACUGCAAAUCAGUUAAGAUGGUGUCAUGUUAAACAAAACCAACUUCACUUUACAUACAUUUUCUUGGUCGUUAUUUAAUUUGAAUUGGAAUUAAUGAUAUUGUGAUUUGGUUGCAAAUAGCUUUGGUUUGUUAUUUAGAAGACACAAAUAAAUUGUGAUGCUGUG